UCACUUUCACAAACAGAAAAACUUAUUUUUUGAAAAAAUGGAGAAUUUAAAGGCUUUACGCCUAAAAGAAAAAAUUCUUUUGAUAGAACUAAAAGCUAUUCGAGAUCAGAUAGCUCUCUAUGACGAAAGUCUAGAAACAACUGCUAAUUCAGAGCAGGAAUCCGCAAGGAAACAAUCUGAAUCUAUUCCCCCUCAAACGGCAAAGGGUAAAGAAAUAUCAAGUCCGUUCACUCCUGUUGCUUUGGAAAAAAGCAAAAAUAGAGUAAAUGAAGAACUAAAAUCUUCAUCUAGCCCAGAAGCAAACGGCUCUGGUAAAGGCACAUCAAAUCCGUUGAUGGCUGACAGUUUGCCAAAAACUGAAAAGGUCUCUCUCAGACCAAGUUACUCCCAAGUCACACAAAAACCAGAAAAUCCUAAAAAUACCAGAUUUUAUGUCAUUUUUGAUGGUGACCAUAGAGGAAUUUAUGAAGAUUGGGCCAUAGUCAAAAAUUAUGUUGAAAAAACUGACUAUCCAUUCAAAAAAUUUGGGUCGUUAUUACAAGCCCAACAAGAAGCCACCCGAUAUUCAGCAACAUGCGGGAAAAAAGAAAUACCUUUAAAGGUAACCAUUUUUUCUGAACCUUUGAUACCCAAGAAAAAAGAAAGGGUUAUUGAAUUCAGAAACAACACUUUCUCAAAACCAACAAAAAUUGAAGAGAAAGAAGAAAAAGAUAUUAUUUCUUUAGACGAAUUCAGAGCAAUCUGGUCAAAGGCUAGAGCCAUAAGCCAAGACGAUUUCGAGUUCGAACAUAUUUACACAGAAGACAAGGCUACUAAAAGUCUUAUUAUCUUUUGUCCAGGUGCAAACCCAGAACUAGUUUCUCUAGCAUUCUCCGCUGGAUUAGCAAAGUUCAUCUACCCUUCUCCCAAUUUACUUGAAAUAAGUAAUUUAUCCGAAGGAAUGAAGAAAGCCAUCAAGAAUUUUCGAAAGAAAAUUGCUGCGGCAAGAGAUGCAAACAUCUUCAUCAAGUGUACUUCUACACUCCCUGACUGGUACCAAGGAAAAACCUUUCCAAGCUACCAUCAUUUAGAAAUUGGCAUAGCCAAAGCAAGAACGGUCAAUCCUUCAAGGGUGAUAAAAGAAGACUAUGAAGACUAUGAAAAAUGGUUACAUAUCAGGACCAAAGGAUUUUUACAAAUCCUAGAAAACCUACAGAAAAUUAAAGUAGGAAGCUUUAACAAAGUAAAUUAUUGCAGCACUAACUGCAUAAUUACUAGCUAUAGUGGAACUCCUCUACCACUACAUGAAAAAGAAGCUUUAGAAAGGAUGGAGCAACGCAUCAUCUUCAAUAAAGUAGAAGCAGGCCCAGCCACUAAAGAACAACUUUGUCAAAAGUUGCAACGCACCUUUGAGAACCAUCAGUGCGAAUACUGCAAAGCAUCUUCUUCAGAAGAAAACAAAAACCCCACUGAAAAAGACAGCUACUUUUCAGAUGAGGACACUCGAGAACUGGACCCAACACAUGGGUACAUCGAUUGAAAAAACGUCAUCCAUGACGAUUGAUUAAGGGCUAUAAUGGUCUUUUGUAAAAUUCACUUCUAUUAUAUAAAGAAGUUGAAUUCCUUUAGUUUAGACAUCGAAUCCAAUCCCCAUCCCCUUCUCUCGUAUCAUUUUCCUUUUCCAACUUUUCCUUGGUAAACUAGUAUGAGUGUUAGUGAGUAAUCUCCUUGCUAAAGGAGAAUAUUAUGUAAAUAUCAAGAAGUUCUUCCUUAGGGAAGAACAGUUAUGAAUAAAUAUCAGUUUCCUUUUUAUCCCUUUGUUUAUCUUUAAAGAUUUUUGCAAAACCUGGAGCCCUGGAGCCAUAAAAAGUACCGUUUAGGCAGGAGGCCGUGUAGGGAAGAAUUGGUUGGGUUGGUCACUUGGAAAAAUCAACUUAAAGAUUUACCUAGUCGGAAAAAGAGGAAAGGUAUGGUUUAUUCUAACUGUUAAAUUACUUCGAAAUAUUUAUAUUAAUAUCUCCUUAAGCAUUUUUAUAAACAACUGUUUUUACAAACAAACACAAAUAAAAUCGAUUAACCAAUAUCGAAAUCAAAUGAUUUAUACUAUCAAACGAAUGAUUCUUGAAAUCAAAAAUUUAGUCAAUAAAAGACUACAAAAAUGGAUAUAGAAUUGCUAUUUCCAAAUCAAUUCAUCGACAAAUUAACUCAAAUUUGUCAAUUCAAAUUUGUCAUCUAUCGAUUAGUAUGGAAUCUUUGGACAAUUUUGAACGAUUGUUUGAUUGAACAAAAAAGUCAACAUAUGAUGACUAUGAUAGUAAUCAAGAAAUUACUACAACUAUUUGCUAGUAACCAAAAAAUUACUACGACCAUUGGUGUAGUAAAAUUAAAAAUUGCUAGAACCAUUCCGCUACUGGUAUCAGAGCCUUGUUGCUCUUUUUUAAAAAAUAAGGUGUUAUUUCUAAAAAAUUAAUGGAAAAUAACAGUUUAUUUAAAAACGAUUCAGAUGAGUCUGAAGAAAUAACUGAAGUUAUAAACUUUAGUGAAAACGAAAGAGGUUUUGUAUCAGAUUACAUGAUUAAUUCUGAUCAAUUAACAAAAAUUAGCAAGCUUAAAUUCAAGCUUGACGCAAAACAAGUUUUUAAUCAACCAAAAACUUUACAAAGUUUAGUUUCUAGAGCCUUUUCUAGAAAAAAAUAAAAUAUUUUAUUGUUUUAACACUAAAGAACUUUCAGUUGACAUAAACAAUACCUCGGGUGAAGUUUAUUUGCCACUCUUAACAAAGGGUGAAAUAGCAAAAAAGCUUUUACAUAUUAAACCAGAGUUGAGAAAGUCUCUCAAUAUGGUACAUAUAGGAGCGGUUAAAAUCCUCCUAAAAGCACAGUUUAGAGAUGGAAUUAAUUUUCCUAUAAAAAUGGCCCUUGUUGAUAACAGAAUUAUCAAUAGGCAAGACGCUCUUCUUGGAGCAAUUCAAGGAAAUUUAGCAUAUGGUAAAUUUAUGUUUACUGUCUAUCCUAAAUUUGCUUUACAUCGAGAUUCAAAAGAUUUCGACAAAACUUUAAGUUUUAUACAUCAGUGUGAAAGAACUGAUCUUAUGGAACCAGGUAAUAAAGUAUUUACGAUUAAUUAUUUAGUCUCAUAUGCUUUAACAAAUAGCACUCAUUCAAUUGAGUACAAAGAAAAAGAAAGCAUAGCAAUUGAGGAUAUAUUCUCAGAUAUUGGAAUUGUUGAAGGCAGUAAAUUCGCUGAGCCAUCACAAUUACAAGAAAACUGGGCAAUUGAUAUUGUACGAAAUAAACAAGUUUUAGUAUCAAAACCUAGACACAGUUAUGCUGGAAGCUCUUUACAAAUAAGAGAAUCAAGUAACACUGAACAAUUAAUACGUUCUUUGUCUGAAAGAAUUGAUGGGUAUGGUAGAAUCUUAAAAGGAGUUAUUGGAGAAUAAUGUCUUCAAAACCAAUUUUAGAUUAUUUACAAUAUCUUGAUCAACAAAUCACCUUUGAAGAGGCUAAUAUACAAAUUUGCUUUACUAGAAUAAAUCAAAUUAAAGAAAAUUUUAUGUUAAGUCAUAAAACAAAAUCUCUUAAUAUAAAAAUUAUUAAGAAAAACAUUUUUGCUUCUAAGCAAAAAAUUAUUGAGCUUAGAACUAAAAAAGCAAUUAUAUCUAUAACAUGACUACUCUUUUAAAAUUAGAGGAACUUGUUAAAGAUUUAAUUAGAAAGGUAGAAAGUCUUUCUACAAACGAAAAUCUUGAGGCAACUGCCGCAAAAAUCAUCAAAGAUGUUUCAGACAAAAUUGAUGAAAGAAUGGAUUCAAAAACUUUUAUGCUUGAAAAGCAAAAAGAAAAAAUUAAUGAUGAAAAAAGCUUUCAAAAGUAUUCAUUUCCAAACUUCAACGUUGGAAAUCCAUCUCUAGGAAGUUCUAAAAGUCCAAAUGCAUUAUCAUGGCCUUUUGGAUCAAUUCCAAAUGACCAAUAAAGGUCAAAUGGGAAACCUUUUUAGAAAUAUAAAUCUAGAGAUCUCUAGACUUUAUUUCUGUCUAGAAAGAAAUAAUCAAAGAAUUUAUGAAUUACAUUCGGAUUGGAGCAUUCAUCCUUCUGAAAAAAUUCUUGAACUAACUGAUCUAAAAAGAAAAAAUUCUUUUAUUGAAAAAGAUAUUCAAAUAUUAAAGGAUAAAAAGAUUACUUUAUCUUGUGGAUAAAAUGAGUUCUAUCACUCAAAAAUUAGAGCAAAUUCUAGAUGAACAAUUGGAUACCCUUCCAAUUGAACAGAUAAAAGAACUUGUUAGUCUCAUUACUUUAGAUAACGAAGAAUGUGAACAAAAGUUUUCUGAAGAUAAAAUCUUAAAUGAAAGAUAUUUUUCUGAAAAUAAAGAACGAAUCUUUGUUUUAAAUAAUGAAAACCAAGAAACUUUCCUAUAAAGAAAGAAGAACCCGAAACUGAAGAAAGCUCUUCAGAUAUGGAAAUGUCUCCAAGACAGAGAGCAAACAAUGCUUUUACUAGCAGAAGUAACAGGCAUAGAAAAAAGGAUACAGAAUUUUCCAUGCCAUACCAUAAGGGUAUACCUGAUUCUAAUAGUAAUGGUAGUGCAACUACUAUUAAUACUAUUAAAAUUGAUUGUAUCUUCAACCUCGACAAAAGAAAAGAGGUAAUUGAUAAAUGGAACACUGAGAUCAGUCUAAUCAUUCAGACUAAUUCAGAAGAGUUCUCUAAGGCUAAGGCUUUAUUAUUAUUAUUAGAACAUAAGUCUGCAGGAAUUGUACAAAACUUCAUCAAAGGAACAACUUGGGAUGAAAAUUUACAAGGUGAGGAUCUUUUUGAUCAAAUUAUAAAUGCAAUAUAUAUGAUGUUUUUAGGUCUCGACCUCAUAACAGAUAAAGACCGAGAAAAUCAAAAAAUGCUAGAAAAAGCAAGACAAAAUCUUGCUAAAGCACAACUUUGUGACAUAUGUCUUUUAGAUGAUUUCACUUGUCUUUAUGAAACAAAUUUAUAUAAAUUAGGCACAGGUGAAUUCCAUUCAUGGAUUGAGGCUUACCUAAUGAAAAUUCCCAUCGUAGGAGAAAAGGCGAAAGAACGAUGGAAUAAGGAAAAGAAUCAAUUUAAAAUGCAUUCCCUUGGGUUUGCUACAAGAAUUGUUAAAGAAGAAAUUGCAUCCUAUUGUGAUCUUUCUAAUAAACAAAAACAGUUAAAACGUUUUAAUAAAGACUGUUGUAAAAAACUUGCUGAGUUACCACAAUUAUCUUUUGGUUGUGAACCAACAAAAGAUAAAGGUUAUUUCAAAAAGAAAUACAAAAAUAAAUAUAAAACAAAAACUAAAAAACGUUUUUGGAAAAGCAAGAAAAGAAAAUUUUCACCGGGAAAAUACUUUUCUAAAGAAAAACCUAAGGUCUGUCCUCAAGGUAAGAAAAAAUGUCGUUGUUGGAUAUGCUCCGAAGAAGGACAUUAUGCCAACGAAUGUCCCAACCGACAAAAAUUUCCGGAAAAGAUAAAAUUUAUCUUAGAAGCCGAAAUUGAGGGAUAUUUUCCUUCUGAAAAUAUUUUUGAUGGCUAUACGCAAGUAUAUGCAUUAGAAAUACGAGACAACUUGUCAUCCUCUGACUCUUCAACAGAAGACUCAGAAUGAAUUAUGUCCACUCUUUUAUUUUGAUUUUGGCAGGUAUUGCUAAAUGAAGAAUCUCAGUUAUUAACUACAUCCACAUGCCCAAGAUGAUCAUUAUCAAUAAAAAGAAAAAGGUAGUCAUGUCAGAUGACAAAUGUGGUUUUCAAGAUAUUCUCUCGACAUCGAGCAUCUUGAAUAAGAUCUUCAAAAUACGUAAACAAAUACGUAUUUCAAAUAAAUUUUUUCUAAAAAUAGAAACUUUUCAUGCCUAUUUAAGGAGCACAUACCCUUCAAACUAAAGGCAUCACCAAUCACUUUCACAAACAGAAAAACUUAUUUUUUGAAAAAAUGGAGAAUUUAAAGGCUUUACGCCUAAAAGAAAAAAUUCUUUUGAUAGAACUAAAAGCUAUUCGAGAUCAGAUAGCUCUCUAUGACGAAAGUCUAGAAACAACUGCUAAUUCAGAGCAGGAAUCCGCAAGGAAACAAUCUAAAUCUAUUCCCCCUCAAACGGCAAAGGGUAAAGAAAUAUCAAGUCCGUUCACUCCUGUUGCUUUGGAAAAAAGCAAAAAUAGAGUAAAUGAAGAACUAAAAUCUUCAUCUAGCCCAGAAGCAAACGGCUCUGGUAAAGGCACAUCAAAUCCGUUGAUGGCUGACAGUUUGCCAAAAACUGAAAAGGUCUCUCUCAGACCAAGUUACUCCCAAGUCACACAAAAACCAGAAAAUCCUAAAAAUACCAGAUUUUAUGUCAUUUUUGAUGGUGACCAUAGAGGAAUUUAUGAAGAUUGGGCCAUAGUCAAAAAUUAUGUUGAAAAAACUGACUAUCCAUUCAAAAAAUUUGGGUCGUUAUUACAAGCCCAACAAGAAGCCACCCGAUAUUCAGCAACAUGCGGGAAAAAAGAAAUACCUUUAAAGGUAACCAUUUUUUCUGAACCUUUGAUACCCAAGAAAAAAGAAAGGGUUAUUGAAUUCAGAAACAACACUUUCUCAAAACCAACAAAAAUUGAAGAGAAAGAAGAAAAAGAUAUUAUUUCUUUAGACGAAUUCAGAGCAAUCUGGUCAAAGGCUAGAGCCAUAAGCCAAGACGAUUUCGAGUUCGAACAUAUUUACACAGAAGACAAGGCUACUAAAAGUCUUAUUAUCUUUUGUCCAGGUGCAAACCCAGAACUAGUUUCUCUAGCAUUCUCCGCUGGAUUAGCAAAGUUCAUCUACCCUUCUCCCAAUUUACUUGAAAUAAGUAAUUUAUCCGAAGGAAUGAAGAAAGCCAUCAAGAAUUUUCGAAAGAAAAUUGCUGCGGCAAGAGAUGCAAACAUCUUCAUCAAGUGUACUUCUACACUCCCUGACUGGUACCAAGGAAAAACCUUUCCAAGCUACCAUCAUUUAGAAAUUGGCAUAGCCAAAGCAAGAACGGUCAAUCCUUCAAGGGUGAUAAAAGAAGACUAUGAAGACUAUGAAAAAUGGUUACAUAUCAGGACCAAAGGAUUUUUACAAAUCCUAGAAAACCUACAGAAAAUUAAAGUAGGAAGCUUUAACAAAGUAAAUUAUUACAGCACUAACUGCAUAAUUACUAGCUAUAGUGGAACUCCUCUACCACUACAUGAAAAAGAAGCUUUAGAAAGGAUGGAGCAACGCAUCAUCUUCAAUAAAGUAGAAGCAGGCCCAGCCACUAAAGAACAACUUUGUCAAAAGUUGCAACGCACCUUUGAGAACCAUCAGUGCGAAUACUGCAAAGCAUCUUCUUCAGAAGAAAACAAAAACCCCACUGAAAAAGACAGCUACUUUUCAGAUGAGGACACUCGAGAACUGGACCCAACACAUGGGUACAUCGAUUGAAAAAACGUCAUCCAUGACGAUUGAUUAAGGGCUAUAAUGGUCUUUUGUAAAAUUCACUUCUAUUAUAUAAAGAAGUUGAAUUCCUUUAGUUUAGACAUCGAAUCCAAUCCCCAUCCCCUUCUCUCGUAUCAUUUUCCUUUUCCAACUUUUCCUUUGUAAACUAGUAUGAGUGUUAGUGAGUAAUCUCCUUGCUAAAGGAGAAUAUUAUGUAAAUAUCAAGAAGUUCUUCCUUAGGGAAGAACAGUUAUGAAUAAAUAUCAGUUUCCUUUUUAUCCCUUUGUUUAUCUUUAAAGAUUUUUGCAAAACCUGGAGCCCUGGAGCCAUAAAAAGUACCGUUUAGGCAGGAGGCAGUGUAGGGAAGAAUUGGUUGGGUUGGUCACUUGGAAAAAUCAACUUAAAGAUUUACCUAGUCGGAAAAAGAGGAAAGGUAUGGUUUAUUCUAACUGUUAAAUUACUUCGAAAUAUUUAUAUUAAUAUCUCCUUAAGCAUUUUUAUAAACAACUGUUUUUACAAACAAACACAAAUAAAAUCGAUUAACCAAUAUCGAAAUCAAAUGAUUUAUACUAUCAAACGAAUGAUUCUUGAAAUCAAAAAUUUAGUCAAUAAAAGACUACAAAAAUGGAUAUAGAAUUGCUAUUUCCAAAUCAAUUCAUCGACAAAUUAACUCAAAUUUGUCAAUUCAAAUUUGUCAUCUAUCGAUUGGUAUGGAAUCUUUGGACAAUUAUGAACGAUUGUUUGAUUGAACAAAAAAGUCAACAUAUGAUGACUAUGAUAGUAAUCAAGAAAUUACUACAACUAUUUGCUAGUAACCAAAAAAUUACUACGACCAUUGGUGUAGUAAAAUUAAAAAUUGCUAGAACCAUUCCGCUAUCAGAGCCUUGUUGCUCUUUUUUAAAAAAUAAGGUGUUAUUUCUAAAAAAUUAAUGGAAAAUAACAGUUUAUUUAAAAACGAUUCAGAUGAGUCUGAAGAAAUAACUGAAGUUAUAAACUUUAGUGAAAACGAAAGAGGUUUUGUAUCAGAUUACAUGAUUAAUUCUGAUCAAUUAACAAAAAUUAGCAAGCUUAAAUUCAAGCUUGACGCAAAACAAGUUUUUAAUCAACCAAAAACUUUACAAAGUUUAGUUUCUAGAGCCUUUUCUAGAAAAAAUAAAAUAUUUUAUUGUUUUAACACUGAAGAACUUUCAGUUGACAUAAACAAUACCUCGGGUGAAGUUUAUUUGCCACUCUUAACAAAGGGUGAAAUAGCAAAAAAGCUUUUACAUAUUAAACCAGAGUUGAGAAAGUCUCUCAAUAUGGUACAUAUAGGAGCGGUUAAAAUCCUCCUAAAAGCACAGUUUAGAGAUGGAAUUAAUUUUCCUAUAAAAAUGGCCCUUGUUGAUAACAGAAUUAUCAAUAGGCAAGACGCUCUUCUUGGAGCAAUUCAAGGAAAUUUAGCAUAUGGUAAAUUUAUGUUUACUGUCUAUCCUAAAUUUGCUUUACAUCGAGAUUCAAAAGAUUUCGACAAAACUUUAAGUUUUAUACAUCAGUGUGAAAGAACUGAUCUUAUGGAACCAGGUAAUAAAGUAUUUACGAUUAAUUAUUUAGUCUCAUAUGCUUUAACAAAUAGCACUCAUUCAAUUGAGUACAAAGAAAAAGAAAGCAUAGCAAUUGAGGAUAUAUUCUCAGAUAUUGGAAUUGUUGAAGGCAGUAAAUUCGCUGAGCCAUCACAAUUACAAGAAAACUGGGCAAUUGAUAUUGCACGAAAUAAACAAGUUUUAGUAUCAAAACCUAGACAUAGUUAUGCUGGAAGCUCUUUACAAAUAAGAGAAUCAAGUAACACUGAACAAUUAAUACGUUCUUUGUCUGAAAGAAUUGAUGGGUAUGGUAGAAUCUUAAAAGGAGUUAUUGGAGAAUAAUGUCUUCAAAACCAAUUUUAGAUUAUUUACAAUAUCUUGAUCAACAAAUCACCUUUGAAGAGGCUAAUAUACAAAUUUGCUUUACUAGAAUAAAUCAAAUUAAAGAAAAUUUUAUGUUAAGUCAUAAAACAAAAUCUCUUAAUAUAAAAAUUAUUAAGAAAAACAUUUUUGCUUCUAAGCAAAAAAUUAUUGAGCUUAGAACUAAAAAAGCAAUUAUAUCUAUAACAUGACUACUCUUUUAAAAUUAGAGGAACUUGUUAAAGAUUUAAUUAGAAAGGUAGAAAGUCUUUCUACAAACGAAAAUCUUGAGGCAACUGCCGCAAAAAUCAUCAAAGAUGUUUCAGACAAAAUUGAUGAAAGAAUGGAUUCAAAAACUUUUAUGCUUGAAAAGCAAAAAGAAAAAAUUAAUGAUGAAAAAAGCUUUCAAAAGUAUUCAUUUCCAAACUUCAACGUUGGAAAUCCAUCUCUAGGAAGUUCUAAAAGUCCAAAUGCAUUAUCAUGGCCUUUUGGAUCAAUUCCAAAUGACCAAUAAAGGUCAAAUGGAAAACCUUUUUAGAAAUAUAAAUCUAGAGAUCUCUAGACUUUAUUUCUGUCUAGAAAGAAAUAAUCAAAGAAUUUAUGAAUUACAUUCGGAUUGGAGCAUUCAUCCUUCUGAAAAAAUUCUUGAACUAACUGAUCUAAAAAGAAAAAAUUCUUUUAUUGAAAAAGAUAUUCAAAUAUUAAAGGAUAAAAAGAUUACUUUAUCUUGUGGAUAAAAUGAGUUCUAUCACUCAAAAAUUAGAGCAAAUUCUAGAUGAACAAUUGGAUACCCUUCCAAUUGAAUAGAUAAAAGAACUUGUUAGUCUCAUUACUUUAGAUAACGAAGAAUGUGAACAAAAGUUUUCUGAAGAUAAAAUCUUAAAUGAAAGAUAUUUUUCUGAAAAUAAAGAACGAAUCUUUGUUUUAAAUAAUGAAGAACCAAGAAACUUUCCUAUAAAGAAAGAAGAACCCGAAACUGAAGAAAGCUCUUCAGAUAUGGAAAUGUCUCCAAGACAGAGAGCAAACAAUGCUUUUACUAGCAGAAGUAACAGGCAUAGAAAAAAGGAUACAGAAUUUUCCAUGCCAUACCAUAAGGGUAUACCUGAUUCUAAUAGUAAUGGUAGUGCAACUACUAUUAAUACUAUUAAAAUUGAUUGUAUCUUCAACCUCGACAAAAGAAAAGAGGUAAUUGAUAAAUGGAACACUGAGAUCAGUCUAAUCAUUCAGACUAUUUCAGAAGAGUUCUCUAAGGCUAAGGCUUUAUUAUUAUUAUUAGAACAUAAGUCUGCAGGAAUUGUACAAAACUUCAUCAAAGGAACAACUUGGGAUGAAAAUUUACAAGGUGAGGAUCUUUUUGAUCAAAUUAUAAAUGCAAUAUAUAUGAUGUUUUUAGGUCUCGACCUCAUAACAGAUAAAGACCGAGAAAAUCAAAAAAUGCUAGAAAAAGCAAGACAAAAUCUUGCUAAAGCACAACUUUGUGACAUAUGUCUUUUAGAUGAUUUCACUUGUCUUUAUGAAACAAAUUUAUAUAAAUUAGGCACAGGUGAAUUCAAUUCAUGGAUUGAGGCUUACCUAAUGAAAAUUCCCAUCGUAGGAGAAAAGGCGAAAGAACGAUGGAAUAAGGAAAAGAAUCAAUUUACAAUGCAUUCCCUUGGGUUUGCUACAAGAAUUGUUAAAGAAGAAAUUGCAUCCUAUUGUGAUCUUUCUAAUAAACAAAAACAGUUAAAACGUUUUAAUAAAGACUGUUGUAAAAAACUCGCUGAGUUACCACAAUUAUCUUUUGGUUGUGAACCAACAAAAGAUAAAGGUUAUUUCAAAAAGAAAUACAAAAAUAAAUAUAAAACAAAAACUAAAAAACGUUUUUGGAAAAGCAAGAAAAGAAAAUUUUCACCGGGAAAAUACUUUUCUAAAGAAAAACCUAAGGUCUGUCCUCAAGGUAAGAAAAAAUGUCGUUGUUGGAUAUGCUCCGAAGAAGGACAUUAUGCCAACGAAUGUCCCAACCGACAAAAAUUUCCGGAAAAGAUAAAAUUUAUCUUAGAAGCCGAAAUUGAGGGAUAUUUUCCUUCUGAAAAUAUUUUUGAUGGCUAUACGCAAGUAUAUGCAUUAGAAAUACGAGACAACUUGUCAUCCUUUGACUCUUCAACAGAAGACUCAGAAUGAAUUAUGUCCACUCUUUUAUUUUGAUUUUGGCAGGUAUUGCUAAAUGAAGAAUCUCAGUUAUUAACUACAUCCACAUGCCCAAGAUGAUCAUUAUCAAUAAAAAGAAAAAGGUAGUCAUGUCAGAUGACAAAUGUGGUUUUCAAGAUAUUCUCUCGACAUCGAGCAUCUUGAAUAAGAUCUUCAAAAUACGUAAACAAAUACGUAUUUCAAAUAAAUUUUUUCUAAAAAUAGAAACUUUUCAUGCCUAUUUAAGGAGCACAUACCCUUCAAACUAAAGGCAUCACCAAUCACUUUCACAAACAGAAAAACUUAUUUUUUGAAAAAAUGGAGAAUUUAAAGGCUUUACGCCUAAAAGAAAAAAUUCUUUUGAUAGAACUAAAAGCUAUUCGAGAUCAGAUAGCUCUCUAUGACGAAAGUCUAGAAACAACUGCUAAUUCAGAGCAGGAAUCCGCAAGGAAACAAUCUGAAUCUAUUCCCCCUCAAACGGCAAAGGGUAAAGAAAUAUCAAGUCCGUUCACUCCUGUUGCUUUGGAAAAAAGCAAAAAUAGAGUAAAUGAAGAACUAAAAUCUUCAUCUAGCCCAGAAGCAAACGGCUCUGGUAAAGGCACAUCAAAUCCGUUGAUGGCUGACAGUUUGCCAAAAACUGAAAAGGUCUCUCUCAGACCAAGUUACUCCCAAGUCACACAAAAACCAGAAAAUCCUAAAAAUACCAGAUUUUAUGUCAUUUUUGAUGGUGACCAUAGAGGAAUUUAUGAAGAUUGGGCCAUAGUCAAAAAUUAUGUUGAAAAAACUGACUAUCCAUUCAAAAAAUUUGGGUCGUUAUUACAAGCCCAACAAGAAGCCACCCGAUAUUCAGCAACAUGCGGGAAAAAAGAAAUACCUUUAAAGGUAACCAUUUUUUUCUGAACCUUUGAUACCCAAGAAAAAAGAAAGGGUUAUUGAAUUCAGAAACAACACUUUCUCAAAACCAACAAAAAUUGAAGAGAAAGAAGAAAAAGAUAUUAUUUCUUUAGACGAAUUCAGAGCAAUCUGGUCAAAGGCUAGAGCCAUAAGCCAAGACGAUUUCGAGUUUGAACAUAUUUACACAGAAGACAAGGCUACUAAAAGUCUUAUUAUCUUUUGUCCAGGUGCAAACCCAGAACUAGUUUCUCUAGCAUUCUCCGCUGGAUUAGCAAAGUUCAUCUACCCUUCUCCCAAUUUAAUUGAAAUAAGUAAUUUAUCCGAAGGAAUGAAGAAAGCCAUCAAGAAUUUUCGAAAGAAAAUUGCUGCGGCAAGAGAUGCAAACAUCUUCAUCAAGUGUACUUCUACACUCCCUGACUGGUACCAAGGAAAAACCUUUCCAAGCUACCAUCAUUUAGAAAUUGGCAUAGCCAAAGCAAGAACGGUCAAUCCUUCAAGGGUGAUAAAAGAAGACUAUGAAGACUAUGAAAAAUGGUUACAUAUCAGGACCAAAGGAUUUUUACAAAUCCUAGAAAACCUACAGAAAAUUAAAGUAGGAAGCUUUAACAAAGUAAAUUAUUGCAGCACUAACUGCAUAAUUACUAGCUAUAGUGGAACUCCUCUACCACUACAUGAAAAAGAAGCUUUAGAAAGGAUGGAGCAACGCAUCAUCUUCAAUAAAGUAGAAGCAGGCCCAGCCACUAAAGAACAACUUUGUCAAAAGUUGCAACGCACCUUUGAGAACCAUCAGUGCGAAUACUGCAAAGCAUCUUCUUCAGAAGAAAACAAAAACCCCACUGAAAAAGACAGCUACUUUUCAGAUGAGGACACUCGAGAACUGGACCCAACACAUGGGUACAUCGAUUGAAAAAACGUCAUCCAUGACGAUUGAUUAAGGGCUAUAAUGGUCUUUUGUAAAAUUCACUUCUUUUAUAUAAAGAAGUUGAAUUCCUUUAGUUUAGACAUCGAAUCCAAUCCCCAUCCCCUUCUCUCGUAUCAUUUUCCUUUUCCAACUUUUCCUUUGUAAACUAGUAUGAGUGUUAGUGAGUAAUCUCCUUGCUAAAGGAGAAUAUUAUGUAAAUAUCAAGAAGUUCUUCCUUAGGGAAGAACAGUUAUGAAUAAAUAUCAGUUUCCUUUUUAUCCCUUUGUUUAUCUUUAAAGAUUUUUGCAAAACCUGGAGCCCUGGAGCCAUAAAAAGUACCGUUUAGGCAGGAGGCCGUGUAGGGAAGAAUUGGUUGGGUUGGUCACUUGGAAAAAUCAACUUAAAGAUUUACCUAGUCGGAAAAAGAGGAAAGGUAUGGUUUAUUCUAACUGUUAAAUUACUUCGAAAUAUUUAUAUUAAUAUCUCCUUAAGCAUUUUUAUAAACAACUGUUUUUACAAACAAACACAAAUAAAAUCGAUUAACCAAUAUCGAAAUCAAAUGAUUUAUACUAUCAAACGAAUGAUUCUUGAAAUAAAAAAUUUAGUCAAUAAAAGACUACAAAAAUGGAUAUAGAAUUGCUAUUUCCAAAUCAAUUCAUCGACAAAUUAACUCAAAUUUGUCAAUUCAAAUUUGUCAUCUAUCGAUUGGUAUGGAAUCUUUGGACAAUUAUGAACGAUUGUUUGAUUGAACAAAAAAGUCAACAUAUGAUGACUAUGAUAGUAAUCAAGAAAUUACUACAACUAUUUGCUAGUAACCAAAAAAUUACUACGACCAUUGGUGUAGUAAAAUUAAAAAUUGCUAGAACCAUUCCGCUACUGGUAUCAGAGCCUUGUUGCUCUUUUUUAAAAAAUAAGGUGUUAUUUUUAAAAAAUUAAUGGAAAAUAACAGUUUAUUUAAAAACGAUUCAGAUGAGUCUGAAGAAAUAACUGAAGUUAUAAACUUUAGUGAAAACGAAAGAGGUUUUGUAUCAGAUUACAUGAUUAAUUCUGAUCAAUUAACAAAAAUUAGCAAGCUUAAAUUCAAGCUUGACGCAAAACAAGUUUUUAAUCAACCAAAAACUUUACAAAGUUUAGUUUCUAGAGCCUUUUCUAGAAAAAAUAAAAUAUUUUAUUGUUUUAACACUGAAGAACUUUCAGUUGACAUAAACAAUACCUCGGGUGAAGUUUAUUUGCCACUCUUAACAAAGGGUGAAAUAGCAAAAAAGCUUUUACAUAUUAAACCAGAGUUGAGAAAGUCUCUCAAUAUGGUACAUAUAGGAGCGGUUAAAAUCCUCCUAAAAGCACAGUUUAGAGAUGGAAUUAAUUUUCCUAGAAAAAUGGCCCUUGUUGAUAACAGAAUUAUCAAUAGGCAAGACGCUCUUCUUGGAGCAAUUCAAGGAAAUUUAGCAUAUGGUAAAUUUAUGUUUACUGUCUAUCCUAAAUUUGCUUUACAUCGAGAUUCAAAAGAUUUCGACAAAACUUUAAGUUUUAUACAUCAGUGUGAAAGAACUGAUCUUAUGGAACCAGGUAAUAAAGUAUUUACGAUUAAUUAUUUAGUCUCAUAUGCUUUAACAAAUAGCACUCAUUCAAUUGAGUACAAAGAAAAAGAAAGCAUAGCAAUUGAGGAUAUAUUCUCAGAUAUUGGAAUUGUUGAAGGCAGUAAAUUCGCUGAGCCAUCACAAUUACAAGAAAACUGGGCAAUUGAUAUUGCACGAAAUAAACAAGUUUUAGUAUCAAAACCUAGACACAGUUAUGCUGGAAGCUCUUUACAAAUAAGAGAAUCAAGUAACACUGAACAAUUAAUACGUUCUUUGUCUGAAAGAAUUGAUGGGUAUGGUAGAAUCUUAAAAGGAGUUAUUGGAGAAUAAUGUCUUCAAAACCAAUUUUAGAUUAUUUACAAUAUCUUGAUCAACAAAUCACCUUUGAAGAGGCUAAUAUACAAAUUUGCUUUACUAGAAUAAAUCAAAUUAAAGAAAAUUUUAUGUUAAGUCAUAAAACAAAAUCUCUUAAUAUAAAAAUUAUUAAGAAAAACAUUUUUGCUUCUAAGCAAAAAAUUAUUGAGCUUAGAACUAAAAAAGCAAUUAUAUCUAUAACAUGACUACUCUUUUAAAAUUAGAGGAACUUGUUAAAGAUUUAAUUAGAAAGGUAGAAAGUCUUUCUACAAACGAAAAUCUUGAGGCAACUGCCGCAAAAAUCAUCAAAGAUGUUUCAGACAAAAUUGAUGAAAGAAUGGAUUCAAAAACUUUUAUGCUUGAAAAGCAAAAAGAAAAAAUUAAUGAUGAAAAAAGCUUUCAAAAGUAUUCAUUUCCAAACUUCAACGUUGGAAAUCCAUCUCUAGGAAGUUCUAAAAGUCCAAAUGCAUUAUCAUGGCCUUUUGGAUCAAUUCCAAAUGACCAAUAAAGGUCAAAUGGAAAACCUUUUUAGAAAUAUAAAUCUAGAGAUCUCUAGACUUUAUUUCUGUCUAGAAAGAAAUAAUCAAAGAAUUUAUGAAUUACAUUCGGAUUGGAGCAUUCAUCCUUCUGAAAAAAUUCUUGAACUAACUGAUCUAAAAAGAAAAAAUUCUUUUAUUGAAAAAGAUAUUCAAAUAUUAAAGGAUAAAAAGAUUACUUUAUCUUGUGGAUAAAAUGAGUUCUAUCACUAAAAAAUUAGAGCAAAUUCUAGAUGAACAAUUGGAUACCCUUCCAAUUGAACAGAUAAAAGAACUUGUUAGUCUCAUUACUUUAGAUAACGAAGAAUGUGAACAAAAGUUUUCUGAAGAUAAAAUCUUAAAUGAAAGAUAUUUUUCUGAAAAUAAAGAACGAAUCUUUGUUUUAAAUAAUGAAGAACCAAGAAACUUUCCUAUAAAGAAAGAAGAACCCAAAACUGAAGAAAGCUCUUCAGAUAUGGAAAUGUCUCCAAGACAGAGAGCAAACAAUGCUUUUACUAGCAGAAGUAACAGGCAUAGAAAAAAGGAUACAGAAUUUUCCAUGCCAUACCAUAAGGGUAUACCUGAUUCUAAUAGUAAUGGUAGUGCAACUACUAUUAAUACUAUUAAAAUUGAUUGUAUCUUCAACCUCGACAAAAGAAAAGAGGUAAUUGAUAAAUGGAACACUGAGAUCAGUCUAAUCAUUCAGACUAUUUCAGAAGAGUUCUCUAAGGCUAAGGCUUUAUUAUUAUUAUUAGAACAUAAGUCUGCAGGAAUUGUACAAAACUUCAUCAAAGGAACAACUUGGGAUGAAAAUUUACAAGGUAUUGCUAAAUGAAGAAUCUCAGUUAUUAACUACAUCCACAUGCCCAAGAUGAUCAUUAUCAAUAAAAAGAAAAAGGUAGUCAUGUCAGAUGACAAAUGUGGUUUUCAAGAUAUUCUCUCGACAUCGAGCAUCUUGAAUAAGAUCUUCAAAAUACGUAAACAAAUACGUAUUUCAAAUAAAUUUUUUCUAAAAAUAGAAACUUUUCAUGCCUAUUUAAGGAGCACAUACCCUUCAAACUAAAGGCAUCACCAAUCACUUUCACAAACAGAAAAACUUAUUUUUUGAAAAAAUGGAGAAUUUAAAGGCUUUACGCCUAAAAGAAAAAAUUCUUUUGAUAGAACUAAAAGCUAUUCGAGAUCAGAUAGCUCUCUAUGACGAAAGUCUAGAAACAACUGCUAAUUCAGAGCAGGAAUCCGCAAGGAAACAAUCUGAAUCUAUUCCCCCUCAAACGGCAAAGGGUAAAGAAAUAUCAAGUCCGUUCACUCCUGUUGCUUUGGAAAAAAGCAAAAAUAGAGUAAAUGAAGAACUAAAAUCUUCAUCUAGCCCAGAAGCAAACGGCUCUGGUAAAGGCACAUCAAAUCCGUUGAUGGCUGACAGUUUGCCAAAAACUGAAAAGGUCUCUCUCAGACCAAGUUACUCCCAAGUCACACAAAAACCAGAAAAUCCUAAAAAUACCAGAUUUUAUGUCAUUUUUGAUGGUGACCAUAGAGGAAUUUAUGAAGAUUGGGCCAUAGUCAAAAAUUAUGUUGAAAAAACUGACUAUCCAUUCAAAAAAUUUGGGUCGUUAUUACAAGCCCAACAAGAAGCCACCCGAUAUUCAGCAACAUGCGGGAAAAAAGAAAUACCUUUAAAGGUGCAAACCCAGAACUAGUUUCUCUAGCAUUCUCCGCUGGAUUAGCAAAGUUCAUCUACCCUUCUCCCAAUUUACUUGAAAUAAGUAAUUUAUCCGAAGGAAUGAAGAAAGCCAUCAAGAAUUUUCGAAAGAAAAUUGCUGCGGCAAGAGAUGCAAACAUCUUCAUCAAGUGUACUUCUACACUCCCUGACUGGUACCAAGGAAAAACCUUUCCAAGCUACCAUCAUUUAGAAAUUGGCAUAGCCAAAGCAAGAACGGUCAAUCCUUCAAGGGUGAUAAAAGAAGACUAUGAAGACUAUGAAAAAUGGUUACAUAUCAGGACCAAAGGAUUUUUACAAAUCCUAGAAAACCUACAGAAAAUUAAAGUAGGAAGCUUUAACAAAGUAAAUUAUUGCAGCACUAACUGCAUAAUUACUAGCUAUAGUGGAACUCCUCUACCACUACAUGAAAAAGAAGCUUUAGAAAGGAUGGAGCAACGCAUCAUCUUCAAUAAAGUAGAAGCAGGCCCAUCCACUAAAGAACAACUUUGUCAAAAGUUGCAACGCACCUUUGAGAACCAUCAGUGCGAAUACUGCAAAGCAUCUUCUUCAGAAGAAAACAAAAACCCCACUGAAAAAGACAGCUACUUUUCAGAUGAGGACACUCGAGAACUGGACCCAACACAUGGGUACAUCGAUUGAAAAAACGUCAUCCAUGACGAUUGAUUAAGGGCUAUAAUGGUCUUUUGUAAAAUUCACUUCUAUUAUAUAAAGAAGUUGAAUUCCUUUAGUUUAGACAUCGAAUCCAAUCCCCAUCCCCUUCUCUCGUAUCAUUUUCCUUUUCCAACUUUUCCUUUGUAAACUAGUAUGAGUGUUAGUGAGUAAUCUCCUUGCUAAAGGAGAAUAUUAUGUAAAUAUCAAGAAGUUCUUCCUUAGGGAAGAACAGUUAUGAAUAAAUAUCAGUUUCCUUUUUA